UACAUCUGUGUAUAGCAGCGCAGCCACACACACAAAUGCACAGCAGCAGCAGGAGCAGCUGAGCACCUCAUCAUCAUCAUCGUCAUCAUCAUCUUCUACUGCCAAGGAGCAUCUGCGUCUGCUGAGAGCACAUCACCUUUGUUCUUCAUCACCAUGAAGUUAAGGCACCACGAUGCCUACUGCCUCAGCACACCAAAAAAGCAGCUCUGCCAUGAGGAUUAAAGCAGUGAAGUGUGGUCAGGAUCUCCACCUGGAAGAAAAGGCGGUUUUGGUGGACUCUGCGAACUGAAGAGUGUGAUGAAGAAGACCAGCUGGAGUGUCCUCAUCACCACAGCGAUGAAUAGACUGGCUGAUAGGGGUCAUGAGUGGACAGUGAUGACACUCAACAUGAAGCACAGAGAGGACUACUCAACAGAUGUUUGCUUUCAGUAGGACUUCACUCACAGGAUGGAGGAGGAUACAUUUCACAAUUCCACUGCAAGUGGAAACGCAUCAGCUGUCCAGAACAUUCCACAUGAUCUUUGGGAGGUUAUUACUAUUGCUACUGUUUCAGCAGUCGUAAGCCUGAUCACAAUAGUGGGGAACAUUCUAGUGAUGCUCUCGUUCAAGGUUAACAGCCAGCUGAAGACAGUCAACAACUACUACUUACUCAGUCUGGCUUUUGCAGACCUCAUUAUCGGAGUGUUCUCCAUGAACCUUUACACGUCUUAUAUUGUGAUGGGAUACUGGGCUCUGGGAAACUUAGCAUGUGAUCUGUGGUUAGCGCUGGACUAUGUGGCAAGCAAUGCAUCAGUAAUGAAUCUGCUGGUGAUAAGCUUUGAUAGGUAUUUCUCCAUCACAAGACCUCUUACCUAUAGGGCUAAAAGAACACCCAAACGAGCAGGCAUCAUGAUAGGCAUGGCAUGGCUGGUGUCCUUUGUCUUGUGGGCCCCUCCAAUUAUAUGUUGGCAGUAUUUUGUGGGGGAGAGAACAGUUCCUCCUGACCAGUGUCAGAUUCAGUUCUUCUCAGAACCUGUGAUCACGUUUGGUACAGCUAUAGCAGCAUUUUACAUUCCUGUCUCUGUUAUGACCAUUUUGUACUGCAGGAUCUACAAAGAGACUGAGAAGCGAACAAAAGACUUAGCUGAGCUGCAGGGCCUCACUUCUGUGGACAAAUACGAAAACUCAAAAGCACAAAAGCAAAGAUCUUGCUUUGGCUUCAACACUGAUGGACAUACCACACAGGCCUCAUGGUCUUCAUCCAAUCAGAGCAAUGUAACCAAGACUACAACACAGUCUGAUGACAUGUGGGUAAAGUCAGAGCAGGCCAACACACUCAACAGCUACACAUCAUCUGAGGACGAAGAGCGGCCUGCUUCUGAAGCAACGUCUCAAGGAUCCUACAGAAACCAGGAGCCGGAACCAAAUGAGCUGUUGGCUUGUUAUGAGGAAAGUCACUAUUUCACUAAUUCUAUUAAGUACUGUUCCCAAAAGAACCAUAAGAAAUGCAUCUCCUACAAGUUUAAGCCAGCUCUGACCAACAUCAAUCCUCAUAAAACCAACACAGAGUCAGAAAGGAAAACAUCACAUGCUUGUUCUUCUUCAGAACAGCUGGCCCUUUCAUCAACCUCCUCUUCCAACAAGCCCAUGGAUCCCAACCUGAAGAGUCAGAUCACCAAACGGAAGAGAAUGGUUCUCAUCAAGGAGAAAAAAGCAGCUCAGACCCUGAGCGCCAUCCUGCUGGCCUUCAUCCUUACUUGGACUCCGUAUAAUAUCAUGGUGCUCAUUUCCACCUUCUGCUCUGACUGCAUCCCCCUGUCCCUCUGGCACUUGGGCUACUGGCUUUGCUACGUCAACAGCACCAUCAAUCCUAUGUGCUACGCCUUGUGCAACAAGACCUUUCAGAAGACCUUUCGAAUGUUACUCCUCUGCAAGUGGAAGAAGAAGCAUGGAGAAGAGAAGCUGCCCUGGUCUGCUCAAAAUCCAGUAAUGACCAGCAAGCUGAUCUAGCAGCCAGAGGAAAUAACAUGAAGUGCCAGCCACGUACAGUAAAUGUAACAGCUUUCCAGAUAUGUGUACGUUAUUUGUAGUAAAACUUAAGCUGUUGUGUAAAUAGUCUUUAAACUGCAUGUGAAACAAACUGCAAGGGCUUGUAAACUAAUGUUUACAUGAUCACAUGACAAUUUGAUUUUACUAGGUUUAAGCAUAGAAUGAGAAAAUGCAUAAAUGUAUUAUCUUUUGAAAUGAAGUUCUUUUAAAUUUUGUGGCAGAUCCAAAAAUAAGAGAUAAAACCAAAGCAUGACUGAAUAUACAGCUCUGGAAAAAAAAUAAGAGACCACUAUAGUUUCUGGAUCAGUUUCUCUGAUUUUACUAUUUAUAGGUAUAUGUUUCAGUAAAACAAACUUUAUUGUU